GUCUCGGCGGAGGAGGAGGUGGAGGCGGCGGCGGCGGCGGAAGAGGGCGGAGGGUAAUGGGAUGGGGGUCCCGCGACAGCGCUGAAACUCCGGGUGGGCGUCCAUGGCGCUGCUUCGCUGACGGGGCUGUGAGCAGUCUGCCUUCCGCUCUCACCAGCUCCGUGUCGGACUAGCCGGUCCUUCCCCGGGGAGCCAGUUCCUCCCCGGGCCCCUGAGCCAUGCCCAUCGCGGCCGCCCCGAACGAGCCAGUUAUCCAAUAUCAUUUAUUCUGUUUCAAGUUGAAGUACCUUUUUGGGAAUAACAGUAAUCUCUCAAAUAUGGCCAGUUGAUGUGAGUUAAAGGUGUAAAUUAAUUAUUUGAAAGCAAUUGAACAAUGGAGCCAGACAUCAUUCGAAUGUACUCUUCAUCCCCACCACCACUAGACAAUGGAGCCGAGGAUGAUGAUGAUGAUGAAUUUGGGGAAUUUGGUGGGUUUUCAGAAGUUAGCCCUUCUGGUGUAGGAUUUGUUGACUUUGAUACACCAGAUUAUACUCGUCCCAAGGAAGAGUUUGUACCUUCAAACCAUUUUAUGCCAAUUCAUGAUUUCUCAGAAAAUGUAGAUAGCCUUACUAGCUUUAAAUCCAUUAAGAAUGGUAAUGAUAAAGACAUCACUGCUGAACUUUCUUCUCCUGUGAAAGGACAGUCUGACGUUUUACUUUCUACCACCAGCAAAGAAAUAAUUUCAUCUAAAACUUUAGAUACUUCCAUUGAUGGCAUAGAAAGUCCAGGAGAUUUAAAUACUAUAGUGAAGCAGAGACAGAAUGUUGGAACACCUGAAUGUUUCCCUCCAGGAGAUUUUAGAACUGAUGCGAAUGUUGUUCAUCAAAACAAGCAGUUAGAGAGCUGCAAUGGUGAAAAGCCUCCUUGUCUGGAGAUUCUAACAAACGGGUUUGCAGUAUUGGAAACUGUAAAUCCUCAGGGAACAGAUGAUCUGGACACCGAAGCCGAUUCAAAAGGACGAAAGCCUCUUAGCACUCAUAGUACUGACUAUAACUUAGACUGUGCACCUAGUCCUGCUGAGGAAUUUGCAGAUUUUGCCACAUUUUCCAAAAAGGAAAGGAUACAACUAGAAGAUAUAGGAUGUGCAGUUUUAAAUGAUAGAGAAGCAUUAACCAUUCAGGAAAAUAAUAAAAUUAAUAGAGUCAGUGAACUGAGUUCUGUAAAAGCACUGUCUUUGGGUAGAAGCUUUGACGAUAAAGGAGACAUUGAUGGAGAGGAUCAGGUUUGUGUUUCAGAAAUAAGCAUAAUGAGUACCAGAGGUUUCAGUACUGAAAAACAAGACCUUCCAACAUUGCAACAGGAUGAAUUUUUAAAAUCAGUUCAAUCAAAGCCUUGGAGUUUGGCAGACUCAGCUGAUAAUUCAGAAGCCAGUAUGAGAGAAUGUAAAACUGAGGAAAAACUUGAUUUGUUUACUUCUAAGUGUGCUGACCUAUGCAUGGAUUCUAUUAAAACUUCUGAUGCUGAUGAUGAAGUUGGUUCUUCCAAAGAAGAAAGUAAAAAGUUUACUGACUCCCAAAGCCCCAGCAUUGAUCCUACAGAAGAAAAUGUUCUGGAUGAUUCUUUAAGUGUAAAAAAUGGUGACAGUAGUAAUGACUUUGUGACUUGCAAUGAUACUAACGAGGAUGAUUUUGGUGACUUCGGCACAGCCAGUGGCACGACUCCACCUUUUGUUACUGGUACCCAAGAUUCAAUGAGCGAUAUCACUUUCGAAGAGUCCUCAGAGCACUUUCCACAUUUUAGUGAACCAGGUGAUGACUUUGGAGAAUUUGGGGAUACAAAUGCUGUUUCUUGCCAAGAUGAAAUUCUAUUUACUGAGUCCGACCUAAAACAGACUUCUGAUAGUUUAUCAGAGGAAUGUAAGUUGGUGGGAAAGUCUUCUGGGACAGGCACUGAUCCUGUUUCAAAACUGGAAAUUGAGCAAGAAGGUGAAUUUGGAGAUUUUGAUUCUGUGCCAAAUAUUCGAGAGGACCGCAGUGCUUUUCAAGACUCUGAUGAUUUUGCGGACUUCAGUUCAGCUGGGCCUAGCCAAGUUGUAGAUUGGAAUGCCUUUGAGGAUGGACAGAAAGAUAGUUGCUCUUGGGCUACUUUUGGAGACCAGCAGGCUGCUGAAUCUCACCAUCGAAAGGAAGCCUGGCAGUCACAUAGGACAGACGAAAAGAUUGAUACUCCAGGAACCCCCAAAAUGCACAGUGUCCCUUUAGCAACUUCCAAAGGAGCAGUUGCUGGUGGCCAUUUACAGGAAACAGCCACUUCAGUUCAGACAGCUUUACUAAACCGCCUGGAGCGAAUUUUCGAAGCAUGUUUUCCUUCAAUAUUUAUCCCUGAUACUGAAGAAGAAGUUACUUCCCUGAAGCACUUGCUGGAAACAAGCACCUUCCCAAUAAAAACAAGAGAGGCCUUAGCUGAAAGUGGGGAACUGCUGGAUGUGUGGACCGAGCUACAGGACAUCCACGAUGCACAUGGCUUGAGAUACCAGUGGGGUGGCUCCCAUAGCAACAAGAAGCUUUUGUGCUCCUUGGGAAUAGACACCCGAAACAUUCUCUUCACGGGUAACAAGAAGCAGCCUGUUAUAGUGCCCAUGUAUGCAGCAGGAUUGGGUAUGUUAGAACCCACCAAGGAACCAUUGAAACCACUAUCUGCUGCAGAAAAAAUCGCUUCCAUUGGUCAGACAAACACCAUGUCACCAGAAAUGAACACAUGUACAUCUGACCAAUUUCAGGAGUCUCUACCACCCGUCCAGUUUGACUGGAGUAGCAGUGGCCUUACUAACCCUUUAGAUGCUAGUGGAGGUUCCACUCUUCUGAACCUUGAUUUCUUUGGGCCCGUGGAUGACAGUAGCUCUAGCAGCAGCACCACAAUCCCAGGUGUGGAUCCAGAGUUGUAUGAGUUAACAACUUCUAAGCUGGAAAUCUCCACCUCAAGCCUCAAAGUGACUGAUGCAUUUGCAAGACUCAUGUCCACAGUAGAGAAGACAAGCACAUCUACCAGGAAACCGAAAAGAGAAGAGCACCUAAGUGAAGAAGCCAUCAAGGUGAUCGCUAGCCUUCCUGACUUAACGUUCAUGCAUGCCAAGGUGUUGAUGUUCCCAGCCACGUUAACACCUUCCACAAGGUCCCAAGAGAAAGCAGACUGAUAACCGAUGUGAAUUGGACACUUUCAAUUGCUUUUCCUUUCCUCCAGCCCUUCCCUACCAUCAAAAGCAUACCUGCUCUAAUUAAAAAAAAAAAAGUUCAGCUGAUUUGUUGGUAAGCCGCACUAGAAAGGUAUACAUAGUAAUGUAUAUUUAUUUACAUACUGAAGUCCUAAAUUUAUAUUAGAAAAAAUGUAAAUAAUCGGGGGUGAACAUUUUUGAAGAUUUAUUCUUUUUGUGUUGCUGGGGUGUAUACAUUUAUGUCUUUGUGAAAUACACUGGUGGUGUCCUUCUUACAAAACUUUUGAAAUAAAAAAAAAUUAAAAACUCAAAUCUCCACUGUCUGUGAAAUCCCCUUCAGUCUUUUCAGAUUGCAUUGAAUGUUCUAUUAAUUUUUCAUAUCAUAUGUUGAAUUACUUUUGCUAUCACAAAUAAGCUCCAAAGUCUCCAUUUAAUUUUUUUUUUUUUUUUUUUUUUUUUCAAUUUUACGUGUGGUGGGUUUGUUUCAGAUCUGGCUUUUGUUAACAUUUUUGCGCUUUUUUUUUUUUUUUUUUAAUCUUUUCAAUCUGGCAUAUUGCUAUUUGACCUUUUGCGAGGUACUUAAUUGAUUGCUGUUUUGUUGUAGGGUAUGGAUCAUUGUCAGAACUUGAUUGGAGGGGUUUAAAGAGAUUGUGUCUGUUUUAAAUCAGUUUGGUUUGGAGAAGGACCAAAUUAUAUGAAUGUCUUACAAUGAAAUUUACUUGUUUUAAUGAUUUUUUUGUUUUAUCGUACCACUAUUUUUUGAGGAUUUUGCACAGUGUAAAAUGACAUAAUCAUAGAUUGCUAUGGUUUAGGCUGUAUAUACAGUAAAAACUAUGGGUUUUAAAUGUUUGGGGAAAUUCCUAUGGAAAAAAGAAAGACAUGUAGAGGAACCUCUAACAAGGUGAAUGUGCAUGCCCAGGUCUUUUGAGAUUUCAGUGUGUAAAUUUCCUUUUAGCUUACACAAAAAUAAAAUAAUUUAAAAGAAA